CCAGGCAAGGUGAGUGAGCCCAGUUUUUGCACAUUAUUUCCAUGUUUAUUUCGCAACCUAGUAAGGUUGGGGUGUCUAUGCAGUGCAAAUGUAGGCCGUGUAGGUGCAGUGUGAGUGUAGUUUGAGGCUGGGGAGUGCCGGGUGAGGGCCACAGAACAGUGAGAAGCACAAAAGUGAGUCAACCAUAACCGAGUGUUUUGGUUCGUGAAGCAGCAACAGGUUCACGGUCCGGAGUCACAUAAAAUUCUCGACAUUAACCUGUUCCCCUAAACUGGUGCUAAUUGAACCUACCAAGGUGCUAUUAUCUUCCAUCAUGAGUGAACAGUGUUUUUGUCUACGAUGGAACAAUUAUCAGAGCAGUGUAGUUGGGGUGCUUCGUAGUUUACUAGAGGAAGGACAGUUUGUUGAUGUCACAUUGGCCUGCGAUGGACGGAGACUAAAGGCACACAAGUUAAUGUUAUCUGCCUGCUCUAAUUUCUUUAGGGAAUUACUAAAGGAAAAUCCAAGCGACCACCCAAUAAUUUUCUUGCGGGAUGUGAGAUUUUGGGAGCUGGAAUCAAUAAUGGACUUCAUCUAUAAUGGUCAGGUAAAUGUGAUGCAGGAUCAGCUACCGGGUUUCAUUCGGACAGCUGAGGCUUUGCAGAUCAAGGGUUUGGCAGCUGUAAACAACAAUAAUAAUAACAUCCAUGCUAAGCCUCCAGACCCAAGGCAUUAUUGUGGAUAUGUUGGGGACCUGCCAGAGCCAUACCUGGGUUCUGGUGAGGUUGGUGGGGAGCUGCACCAACCUCCUCCCUUGAAGCGUCCACGUAGACCUCCCACAACUACACAAACAUUCCUCCCUCCAAGGCCAGAAAAUUCUUCACCAGUUACGAGAUCCUUGCAGGAAGACCUACCAGUUAAACCAACAGCGGCGACUACUGCCUCCCAGGCAUUAGUAAAGACUCAAGUAACAGUUUCAGACUCAAGUAGGGCAACAGAUCCAGCUACAGUGACUACUGUCCCAGGUACUGUAGUCACAUCCCCGCCAGUUGCUCAGGGAUCAUCACACGCAGGAGGAGCCUCAAGCCCAAAAGGGACAGCAGUGGAUAAAGUUUUCACAGCUGGGAAGAGUGAAGAUGACCGCACCUCCACGCCAGAUGCCGAGUCCGACACAGAAUAUGGCAGCAAUGAUGCCCUCACUUAAUAUGAUAGAAAACCGAAGAUGGUGAGCAAGAUUGACUUUAUUGAGUGAAUUAUAGUUAUAUAUAAUAGUAAUAAUUAAAAC